UUAACACGCUAUGAGCGCAUGCAGGAUGACGAGACUAGUAAACCUGGGAUGUUGUAAUCUAUCUCAUAGUUUAUACUUGUAACUCAUGUGUUCUUUAUAAUAUAAAGUUUGACGAGAUAUAUUGAAAUAAACAGUUACUGUACCUUUAGUGUGGAUUGUACUGUUGGAGAGCGAGACGAUGCCAGUUGACAGUCUUAUGUCAUCUAAACAACCGGAACAGGAAGUGAAGCGUCCGCCAUUACAGAUAGUUUGGAGAAAUGUUGUUUUGAUGGCAACGCUUCAUAUUUCAGCAAUAUAUGGCAUUUAUAUUCUUCCUCAAGCAAAGCUAUACACAUUAGUUUGGACAUUGGUUUUGUAUUGGUUGAGUUGUAUAGGAAUUACAGCAGGUGCCCACAGACUCUGGUCACAUAGGUCAUACAAGGCAAAGCUACCCCUCAGGAUUUUACUUGCCCUGCUUAACUCACUAGCAUUCCAGAAUGACGUCAUCGAAUGGACACGAGAUCAUAGAGUUCAUCAUAAAUAUUCAGAAACUGAUGCAGAUCCGCACAAUGCAAAACGUGGUUUCUUCUUUGCUCACAUAGGCUGGCUGAUGGUGAGGAAACACCCGGAUGUGAAAAAGAAGGGGCAGCAACUCGAUCUAUCGGAUGUUCUCGCUGACCCUGUACUGCGUUUUCAGCGAAAGUUUUACUUUCCGUCGGUAGUUCUAUUGUGUUUCACCAUUCCAACAUUAGUUCCGGUGAUCAUUUGGAAAGAGAACGCCAUGACAGCCUAUAUUAUUUGCGCAUUGUUAAGAUAUUGUUGUGUUUUAAAUGCCACAUGGUUUGUUAACAGUGCAGCUCAUCUCUGGGGUAUGCGACCCUAUGAUGUCAAUAUAAAUCCGGCAGAAAAUAGCAUGGUAGCUACGGUUGCCAUGGGAGAAGGUUUCCAUAACUACCAUCAUACAUUUCCGCAAGAUUAUUCUACCGCAGAGUUUAAAUGGUUCCUGAAUAUGUCUACGCUGUUCAUUGACUUUUUCGCCAUAUUAGGACUUGCCUACGACAGAAAGGUAAUGCCUAAAUACCUGGUAGAAAAGCGGAGAGAACGGACCGGAGAUAAAAGUGAACUUACUAGACAAUAAGAGGAAUAACACCGAGACGCUAGGGAUGUAUUUUUGUACGAGAAUGAAACAUUUACAUGUUUUAUGUGCCUUAUUGAUAUAUACUUUUCGUUUUCUGUGAUUAUUUGGAAUAAAUCCUCUUGAAAAAUA